UCCGUUCUACAUUAAUCGCAAGCAACCAGUAGUAGAAAUCCUAUACAAGAGUAAGUGGUGAAAACGUUAAUUAAUAACCCCCAAAAAAGGAAAGCGUUAUUUAGUAAAUUAAUGUGAAAGAAUUUUUUAUAUUAACGAAAACAAGACUCACUGUAAGAAUGGGACGAAGUCGUACCCCAUCGCCAGGAAGAAGGAGAGAUCGAUCCCGAGAACGAGAUCGCGACAGAGAUCGACGGAGAAGGAGAUCGCGAGAGAGAAGACGGAGAUCUGUAGAACGAGACAGGAUGAAAUCUAGGGACAGGGAUAGAGAACGAGAACGUGAACGGGACAGACACAGGCGAUCAUACAGUAGAUCCAGAUCACGGGAACGCGAUAGAUCACGUGACAGAUCCAAUAGGACCAAGCCAAAACCUUUAACGAACGAACGACCUGUUAUUACAGAAGCGGACCUUCAAGGCAAGACGCCUGAGGAACAAGAAAUGAUGAGAAUAAUGGGAUUUUGUGAUUUUGAUACUACUAAAGGCAAGAAAGUAGAAGGAAACGACGUGGGUGCGGUUCACGUUAUUUUAAAGCGAAAAUACAGGCAGUAUAUGAACAGAAAAGGUGGCUUCAAUAGGCCUCUAGACUUUGUUGCAUAAUUCCUCUUUAGGUCGAUUUUUAAGUUGAAUAUGCCAUCAAAGUAGAAUGUUUACUAAUAUUUUUAAUCCGGAAAAAUCCACGGAAGUUUUAAGGGAAAAAGUUUUUCCCAGUUUUCUGGCAGAUUUUCGUAGGUUUUUUUUUCAAUCUAAUAUCACUUACUGUUCUCUAUAUCAGUAGUUAAGGUUUCUUUCACCUUCCUUUAAGAAUUCUGAUAAGUAAGCAAUUUAUCAAUAAAGUAAUGAUCAUAUUCGGUUUUUUUUUUUACUAAAUCUUAUUUUUCGAUUAUAUUUUUUUGGAAAAUCAAGAACAUGGUAUUGAGGAUAAGGUGAAUAUAUAAAUAAAAAUCAUUAAUUUUAUGAGGUAAUUAAAACGUUUAUAUUUCAUUUAUAUUAUAUUUAAAUAUUCUAUAUUUUAAAAUACAACAUACUGUAAUAGAAUAUUUAUAUUUAAUAAGCAUGUGUUCUUACAUACGAUGUAACUAGAUUUGUAUAAAGAAACAGUAGAAAAAUGUAGAAUUAAACUUUGUAUUAAAACG